AUGGGAUUCGAAUAUGCGCUGGUACAUGUCAAGUAUACCAUUCCACCAGCUAUACUACUCACUCUUCUUUACCGACCUUUAUUUGCGAGGCUUGAUGCCUACAAGAUCGGAUUUCUUAUUACGAUUGCUGUCAUUUCCACUAUACCAUGGGACUCGUACCUUAUUCGCAACCGCAUAUGGAGCUACCCAGCUCAUGUCAUCAUCGGGCUAAAGCUUUUUGACAUUCCCGUAGAAGAGAUCUUCUUCUUUGUCAUCCAGACCUAUAACACAUCGCUCCUGUAUCUCAUAUGCAGUAGACCUACCUUUCAGCCUGUCUACCUCCGCUUCGAGCGAUCUGCUGCCCACCCGCUUGGGUCUGUUAACCCUCAAUGGCGAUACUACAAACUAUGUGGUCAGUUAGCAUUUGCAAUAAUAAUCAAACUAGGGCUAGGUAUGGUUGGAGGAGGAGGUGAAUCGACAUACUUAGGAUUAAUUAUCAUUUGGGCGGUUCCAUUUCUGCUACUUCUUUGGAGUCUCGCAUACCAGUUCCUGUUGGGGCUUCCUAUUUUGAAUACCGCGAUACCAAUCUUGCUGCCCACGUUAUACCUGUGGGUUAUCGAUACUUUAGCGCUAAAGCGAGGGACUUGGGUAAUCAGCGAUGGCACUAAAUACGGAUUUCAUCUUUGGGAUGGUCUUGAAAUAGAAGAGGCCUUAUUCUUCUUUGCUACGAAUUCCCUCAUCGUUUUUGGCCAGGUCGCUUUUGACAACGCCCUUUCGAUCCUCUACACAUUCCCGCAUCUCUUCCCAAACCCGCCCGUCCUACCCUCGCCAACACUCCUCGUCCGGGCAUUGCUCAAACCUGCCUCAGAAUAUGAUGAGCAUCGGAUCAUGGGGCUGCAUGAUGCAGUCCAUCGCCUACGGAUCAAAAGCCGAAGCUUCUACCUUGCAAGCUCAACAUUUCAAGGUCAAGUUCGCACCGAUCUCUUGUUACUGUACUCUUUUUGCCGCGUUGCGGAUGACUUGGUCGAUUGCGCAUACUCUGAGGCCGAAGCUGCGUCGUGGGUCACAAGACUCCGCGAUUUCCUAAAAGCAUCCUAUAGGGAUGAGAACAGCCUUGGUUCUAUGAAAGACUACGUUCUUCUGAAUUUCCCUCCCAACGCACAAUCGGCGCUCCUCCAAGUUCCAUUCCCGAAGUUGUCCCGCCAGCUUUUAGAAGAACUCUUGGAUGGCUUUGAUAUGGAUCUUAGCUUCGCAAACCCCGUCUUCGCUCAUCCAAUCAAAAUCGAGGCUGAUCUUCAGAUGUAUGCUCGUCGCGUCGCAGGUACCGUUGCGCAAAUGUGCCUAGAGUUGAUCUUCUUCAACUACCGAAGUACACUCUCCGUGGAAGAACAGCGACAUGUUCUUGACGCAGGGAACCGCAUGGGAAUUGCCCUGCAGCAUGUAAACAUUGCUCGAGAUAUUUCGGUCGAUGCAAAAAUGGCGCGUGUGUACAUUCCGGAGACCUGGAUUAAAGACGAAGGUCUCACCUAUAAUUCGGUUUUGAAGAAUCCUCAGGGGGCAAGAGUAGAAAGGUUGCGUGCUCGGUUGCUUGAUCGGGCCUUCGAGAUGUAUGAGGGCGCGAGAAAUGCGAUCGAGGAUCUUCCGGUAGAAGCACGAGGUCCGAUCAGAGUAGCAGUAGAGAGCUAUAUGGAGAUAGGCAGGGUGCUUAGACAGGACGGAUAUGUUGUUAAAGCUGGCCGAGCCACUGUGCCCAAGCUGAGAAGAGUGAAGGUUGCUUGGAGAGCGCUGAAUGGGACUGCCGCGUAG